UGAAGUUUAUUUAUUUUGUCAGCAGUUAGAACGGUUAAGUGUAAGAAAAAAGUCUCUUAUUCUGAAGGGUCACAUUGCUGUGUAGUCAAGGUGACUAGCCCCAUCCCUGCGCUAGGGGAAUGGAGCGGGACAGACCGAGAGAGAGAGAGAGAGACAGACCGAGAGAGAGAGAGAGACAGACCGAGAGAGAGAGAGACAGACCGAGAGAGAGAGAGAGACAGACCGAGAGAGAGAGAGAGACAGAACGAGAGAGCGCGAGGGAGCGAAGAGUCGUGCUGAGCUAAGGGUGAUCAAAGCGAACCGCCGAUUAGCAAGGCUACGAACAGCUGGAAACUUUUUCCUCAUUUUUGUAGGAGGAGUUUUUUAAAGAGAGUUGUCUGUUGGACUUGGCCUUUUUAUUGAAGUUCUACUGAAGCCGGACCGGGAAUUUCCGAGCCAAAUUGCCGAAUUGGACUACGAUGGUGAGCCGUUGACCCAGGAACCCAGAAAAGCGGAUCCAGAGAACCAGAAUCAACCCUUCAAGAUCACCACAAGGAAAGACUGAUUGGAGCACAAGUUGUUCAGUGUUUUACUGGAUUAUUAUUAUUGUGUUUUAUUUUUUUCUUUUGAAUUGUAUUCACGCACAUUAUUGGUGUGGAUUGCACAUUUUCUGUUGGGUAAAAAUAGAAACCAGAGUUAGUUAAAAUAGGAGAUUAAAAAUAUAUUUAUAUAUCAUAAUCUCUUAAAAUAAAACUAAACACCUAAAAUAGAUUUAAAAAAAUAAAAUUAAUUAGAUUAACCUUCUUAGCUCGAACUAAAUUAGAACUACAAUUUAGGUUAAAUAAACAGCAUCCCUUAAAACCUAACAUUAGGUUUAAAAGUUCAAACAGGGAUUAUUCUGGAAGAACAGAAAAUUAUUUUGAAUUGAUUUUGUGUCAUUGUUUGUCAAUUGUCUGUAUUUAUAUUGUCUAUUGUUCUUUUUUUCCCUUCUUCAACUAAUAAUAAGCCGGCAGUUAAACUUACUUUCCCUUGUCUGUGAUCAUUUAUAUACUUGCUCAAUUUCCACUCCAGCCGCCGAACCUAGCACUGGUCCUAUUAUUGUUGUUUUAACUGUUAACACGUCGUGAGUGUUACAUGUGCAUUUGCACUUCUGGGUGAACUAGAGGAACAUCACAACCAAAAGGAGGUACACAAUAGAGAGAGACAAAGAGACAGCUUAGAUUGAAUAUAAUGAACUGAUGAUAAUAAUACUUAUCACUUUGAUAAGUGAUAAAUCUGACAGGAGCCAAGUACAAGUCGCCCAACUGUUGAGUAAUGUUCUGCAGAGGCGUGAGGCAGUUUUCCACAACAGCCAAGUAUUUGGACUUGCCAAGAUAAAGAAAAGACAGACAGACCAAAGCAGGUCUUAGGUUGAAUUAACAUGCUGAUCAAUCCUCCAGUGCAAAAGUUUUCCUUAUAAAUGUUGUACUUGGAAAGGUUCCCUGUGAAAAUAAAUUUAAUCUGGGAUCUGCUUCCACAGAAGUAGAUUCUGGAAACUAACUUGCAGCAGGAUAAUACACCGUGUCACAAAGUCCUCAUUACUUGCUAGAUUUAUCUAGUAAUGUGGUUGGUGGGUGUGAAUUAGCAUAAGACAUGUAUGUCCUUACAGACAUCUGGUGAAAAUCUUCUCUUUGGAUGUUUGUGGUACGUUCUCAAGCAUUUAGUUGAGGCACUUUAAUCUCUCCUGUCCAAGCAGAGUUGAUCCGGAGACACAAGCCUUAUUCGUUGACCUUGAACUUAUGCCCAGGGAAGUUUGUUUCUUUGUUACAUCUCCAGCUGCCCUGCUCUACUGCUGAAAUAUACGGUGGACUUUCAAUAAGCGAUAGCACUACGGAAAGUUAAUUCACUUCAAUAAUUUAAGUUAGAAAAUAAGAUUUAGAAUGUAGACGUAUAUAUUAAUAACACACAGUGUGACAAAUUUAUAUAUAAUUUUUAUAACUGCAUCAUAGUUAAUGAAACCCAUUAGUUUAGUUUUAAGUUCUCCAGGUAUUUCAGGUCAAGUUCACUGACUCUGUGGAGAACAAACGAAGUUUUGCUGCUUUUGGUCGUGUAGGCAGGUGACAAGAGCUGUGGAAAAAGAAAACCUCUGUCUCUGAAAAGCUUGUUAGUCAACAGGAAACUCAGUGUUCUUAAAUUUCCUACACUGACAGUCGACUUUAGAAAACACAGUGGACCAACGGCAGCAGGUAACACGACUUUAUUCAUCCCUGAACGUACAAUUUUCACACAGGACCUUAAUCCACUUGGAUUUUGCCACGCUGGGACUUUGAGUCCCAAAUGAAAUGUAAAGCUCACUAUGAAACUCUGAGCAAAAAUCAAAUCCUUUUCCUCCUUAGCAAAGGUAAGACAGUUCUGCUAUUGUCUUUUUUCCUGAAAAAAACUUAACAGAAGCUAUAAAAUACUAGUAGUUUAUGGCUUUGAAGUGUUUGGAGAAUCUUGAAACAUUGACUCCACCCUCAACUCACGCCAUGUGACUCUUUCCCAGACUCUUGACUAAGUUUGGGGAUUUACAAUUUUUUCAAGGUUCAGGUGUAACAUUUCCCACAUUUUCUCCUUCCACUUAACUUUCUGGUAAUAUGGCAGGAUAGAUCACUAUCUGUCUAUCUGUGAAUAUUUUUAUUAUAUUUUGAACCUUUUGUUGCUCAAUCUGUUUGGGCUUUUCUUGAUUUUAUUUCAUCAUUUAAAAAAAAAAGUUUUUUUCUUGGUACAUUUCUAAAAUACACUACAAAGAACAAAGUCGUUACAAUAUUCUAUUUUUGAAACCAGAUUGUUUCAUUCCAAUCCAGGAGGUAAAGCGAGAUUUUUUUUUUUUAAUCAGUAUGGUGGCUAUCUUUUGGCGUCCUGCUACAGGCAGUUCAGACUCACUUUGCAACAGAUAGGAAAAUAAGAGCACUCACCAAACCACAAUCAAGCCCUAACUGAGGGAAACGAUCAAACUGUGCGAUUUAUCCGGGGUUACAGAUGCGCUCGGCGUGUGAGAGAUGUGUCGUGAGUUCGCUGAAAAGUCGGCUUAAAAGUUUAAAUGCGGCACUUCCUCUGUCUGUCUGCGGCCCACAGGACGCGCCCACUCGGCUUUGUGGAGCUACGUACCUGCUGCUCUCAGAAGCAACAUCAUCGCAGAGAAAACAUGGCGAGGUUGAGCGAGCAGGGGAUUCGCCUCAGUUCCAUGAGCCCUUCCUUUCUGAACAGCAACUCCACCAGUCAUACCUGGCCGUUCAGCGCGGUGGCGGAGUUAAUAGACAAUGCGUCAGACCCCGGCGUUUGUGCCAAACAGAUCUGGAUAGAUGCAGUUAAAAUCGACGAUCAGCUUUGUCUGACUUUCACAGACAAUGGGAGCGGGAUGACACCUAAUAAACUGCACAAGAUGCUCAGCUUUGGGUUCACAGAAAAAGGCUCAGGUAAAGCCAGCCAGCAGGCCAUCGGCUUGUAUGGAAACGGCUUCAAGUCCGGCUCCAUGCGUCUGGGCCGGGAUGCGCUCAUCUUCACCAAAAAUGGCGGCUGUCAGACUGUGGGACUGCUCUCUCAGACCUACCUGCAAAACAUCAAAGCGCAGGCAGUCAUUGUUCCCAUAGUGCCCUUCAAUCAACAGACCAGGUCUCUGGUUGUGACCGAAGACUCAGAGGCCAGCCUGGCAGCCAUUUUGCAACACUCCAUCAUCAAGUCCCAGGAGGAGAUACUCACCCACUUCGACUCCAUUCCUUCAAAAAAAGGCACCAAGAUACUGAUAUGGAAUAUCCGCAGAGCCAAAGAUGGUAAAACUGAGAUAGAGUUCGACAUCGACUCAAGUGACUUUCGUUUGCCUGAGAUUCACUUUGAGGAGCUGAAGCAGGGCCUGAGGAACAACGGGUCCCUGAGACCAGAGCAAAACAUCCCAGACAUGUAUUACAGCCUAAGGGCCUACCUCAGUAUCUUGUACCUGAAGCCGCGGACGCAGGUCAUUCUGAGAGGGAAGAAAGUCCUGGCCAAGUUGGUGUCCAAGAGUCUGACUCACAUCGAACAUGACGUCUACAAACCUCAGUUUAGCAAAGAGAAGGUGAAGGUGACUUUUGGCGUAAACCCUAAGAAGAAGGAGCACUAUGGCAUCAUGAUGUACCACAGGAACCGACUCAUUAAGGCCUACGAGAAAGUGGGCUGCCAGCUAAAGGCCUCGGGUCAAAGGGUAGGCAUCGGGGUGAUCGGCAUCAUUGAGUGUAAUUUUCUCAAACCUGCUCACAACAAGCAGGACUUUGAGUACACUAAAGAAUACAGACUCACCCUUGGUGCUCUGGGUCUUAAACUUAACGACUACUGGAGGGAGGUCACAGAGAAGAGGGCCAGGGAGAGAGAGUUUCAGGCUCUAGAUAAAGAAGACAGCGAAGACCAAGAGGAGGAGGACGUGUGUCCUGUGUGGCUACAGUGCGAGGAAUGUCUGAAGUGGCGAAGUGUCCCACCACACCAUUACAAAGUCAUGCCAGAAAACUGGAGCUGCAGCCAGAAUCCCAAUCCACGUUACAGAAGCUGCUCAUCGCCAGAGGAAGCAGAGGAGAGCAGGGAACAGUUAACACCCAGCUACCAGAAAAGCCACAAGAAACUAGAGCACUCCAAAAGCAGAAAACGAGAAAGAUCGCAAGAGGCAUGGCACUCGGAGGAACAAGUAGAGAAGGAUGAAAGUAUUUCAUCAGAGCGGCCUUAUUCCCCGUCCAAACACAGUCCUGAACACAGUACGCAUGAAAAGAGACUGGAACAGGACGAGGCGGAUUUGCAUAAAGACACUCACACAAAUGAUGCACAGACUCAGUUGGUAACACACUCCCAAGAGAAGGCUACUGGAAGAGAUACGGUCAUUAAACAGAAGAACGAUGCUAAACAAGAGGAAAAUGAUCAGAGGCUUGAAGACAAGGAGGAUGAGAAAAAGAGGGAGACAGCAGAGAAGGAAGAGGAGUACACAGACACUUUCAGUUGCAAAAGAAAGUCUGGACCUAUUUUCACCUACAUGUCGAAAAAGCGCUGGAGACCGGAGCAGUCCGGAAACCCCACGGAGGAUUUUCCUCCUGGGAAACAAACGAACACAUUCAAGAAGGACAGCAGCAGCCCAGUGGAGAAGCCAAACGCUUUGCAGCAAACGCCGACCACCACCUGGAACUACUCGCCGCUGGCCACCCAGACUGUGAUGGUGUCCCCGCUGAGGACAGAACGGCCGCAGAGCAAGGCGCUGCCUCCAGAGCUGGGCGAGCGGGAAGCUAAAGUGCAGAAGCUGGCUGCGUUGGAGAGGGAAGCUGAGCGGCUGCGGAGCCUUCUCGGGCUGGAGGUCUCCAAGACAACGCAAGGCACCAUGACGACAGCUGAUGGCGUUGUUGAGAAAGAAGGGAUGGGGAGACCUACAGCAUCCACAACCAGCAAGGACGUCGGCUGUCAGACAGUCACGGUUGAGUGCGCCGCCUCGGUGCCGGACGUGGCUGCAGCCCUGGAGAGCAGACUGAGGAAGGAGAGGAGUGAAGGUCAGAGCAGAGUGAGAGCGAGUGAUGGUGACACCUGCGACGACAGCAGAUCAUCUCAGCAGAAUCUGCGCGACAUCCGUAAUAACGUGGUGGUGCUCCUCACCGCCCUGCUGCCCCAGCUGGACCUGGCCGGUAUCAGCUUAGAGACAGCAGACGUGGACAACAUCCUGCAGCAGAUCAUAGAGGUUAACUCACUGAAACUAUGAGCCCCUCCCAAGUCCUGCGCAAGAUGGGUCUCCUGUGUGUCCUGCAAAGGAAUACUCUAAACACCCAGGUUCUUCCUUCACACCAUUUAUUUUCUUACCUCAUGGCAUCGGCUCGUUUGAAGAUUCCUGAGUCCACCGGAUGUAGAUCACUGAAAAGCAGCAUCUCAUGGUAGAUCAGACAGUGUCUCACAUGUAGUGGAGAACUACAUGACGUAUUUAAGAAUUUGUUCCAAUAGACUUUGCACACUUCUCCAACUCCUUAACCGUUCAACACAGGAGGGAAAGAAGGUCGUUUUACUGCAUAAGCUUAUUAAGAUGAUGCUAUUCCUCGUCAAAACUAGAAGUGGUCAUAGAGAGUUAUACAUUAUAGCAUAUAAAUACAUUCACUGUACAAUACGGAUUACUGCAAAGGUUUUUGAAGCCUUUCAUAGGGAAUCUUUCUGAUGGAAAUAUUUUUGUUUAAAGCAGGGACAAAUUACAUAAAACGCUGUCGUGCAAAAGUCACUGUCAUGUAAUGUCUGUUUUUCUUCACAUGGAUUAAAGUCUACUUUCUAUUAGUUAUUGACCUUUUGUGUACAAUUGUUUUACUUAUUUAACUGCAACUUGUGGAAACGUUACUUUAAAUAUUGUGGAGUCUCUGUUCAGAGCCCGUCUACUGUAAAAAGGCUGUUCUUUUUUAUCUAAAACUGCAUGCCAGAUUUUAACGUUUGUGUUUGGCCUAUUUGUUUUACAUAUGCUUUUAAAACCUGAUGUAUGCAUUUGUCAUGGAGCUCUGUUAAUGAGAUGGGAGAGUUUUCAUCUGUCCAAAAUGAAAGCUUUGUGUUUGGAGUAAAUAUUGAAACCAUU